AUGGCCGUCCCCAACAGCUACGGGCUGAUAUUCGCCUGCACCUGUGGAGUGAUCAUGGGUGUCGGGCUCUGCGCCAAUCUGCUGGUGUUCUCUCUUUUCGCUAAAUACAACACACUGCGCAGGAACCGCCUGGACAUCCUCCUGCUCAGCAUGACGCUGGCCGACUUCCUCACUCUGCUUCUCAUCCCCUUCACCCUGCACUCGGCCGUCAGCUACUCCUGGCCUCUGGGCAACACCUCCUGUGUAGUCUACCAGUUCCUGCUGGCCUUCAGCCUGGCUGCCAGCACAUACUCGCUAUGUGCGGUGUCCAUGACCCGCGCCAUGAUCAUCACAAACCCACACCAGCCGCCUGCGAUGGACCUGGUUGUCUUCAUGUUUGCCAUGGUCUGGGCUCUAAGCUUCUUCAUCAGUUUGCCCCUGCGGAUGUUUGCCACCAAGGAGAGCCUCGGCCCAAAGUUGGCAAACUUCACCUUCUGCCUCCCGACGAUCCAUGAACAUCAUUAUCAAGUGAUUCUGAGCCAGUUUGUGCUUUACUACUUCCUCCCGAUGCUGAUCAUCGGCUUCAACUACGCCCGCUUGGCUGUGUUUCUUCGCAAGAGUCCUGUGAUGUCACUGUCCAGUGCCAGAAACACCCGGCGGGCCUCAGUAAUGGUGUUCUUGGCUGCAGCCACCUUCUCAGUGUGUUGGCUCCCUGGCUACGUGCUGGAGCUGUGCGUGUACUUGGGGCUAUAUCAGCACGGACAGGCUUGGGAGACCUUCUACUUUAUUUGCACAGUGCUGCAGUACCUGCACCCCUGCAUUAACCCGGUGCUCUAUGUGCUGCUGUCCAAGCGUUAUCUCCACACGGGGGCAGCCUGGCUCUUCAACUGUCGCAGGAACAGAGUACAACCACAGGUCACCAGCAUCACCUCUGACAGCCUUUAG